AUGUUCAAAAAUUGCUACAAGUUCAACAUCCCUGGAGAUCCGACCUACAACUCCGGAAAAAGCUUGGAGGAGGUCUUCGAUAACAAAUGGAGCCAGAAGCGUCGAUGGAUCGAAGCCCAUGAGCCGUCCUCUGGUCACCAAAGUGCUGGCACGUCAGACAACCCGAGCGAUUCAGAGGGUGAGGAAAGUGAGGACGAAAAUGAUCAAGAGAAACUACAUCAGCUUCAGAAACAAAUUGCGGAGAUGUCCAAGCAAGUCGAGGCAAUUACUCAAAAGAAGAAGAAGACGCCUCCCAGUAGCUCGAAGAAAGCAGGCAAAUCCAAAUCUGGCAAGAAGGAAACCAAGAAAGGUUCUGGGACAACGGUUGGCUCGUCUGGUAAGAAAGACAAGAAGAGUGGCUCGAAAUCGAGCAAGCCUGAAAAGCAGCAUUGGGUUACCUAUCGCGAGAAGCAAAUUAUUUCGCACGGUAUUAGCAGCUUACCUGAAAAGAGAAUGACCGAGGCGCUCAAGAUCAUCCAGUCGAAUGUCCCUGGAUUAAAGGAUACCAAGGAAGCAGAAAUCGAGCUUGAUAUUGAUGAACUGCCCAACGACGUUCUCCUUGUGUUGCUAAAAUUCGUGAAGAAACAUGCCCCUUCAGCUAUGGACAUUGAUGAACCCGAACCAGAACCUGUUGCGGUUGUGGCUCCGCCGAAGCCCAAGAAGAAUAAGCCUAUGAGCAAGUAUGAACAGGAAGCACGGAUCAAUAGUAUUGAGGGUACUAUAUCCCGCUUCCAAGGCGGUGGCGGCGGAGGUAGAGGAAGUUAUUCAUCACAGCCUAUACAAUCCGUCGAAGGUGCCGAGAGCAGCGAAGAUGAUGACUCUGAAGAAAGUGAAGAAGAGUAG